GGGCCUCUGGGAAGCGUUGGCCGGCGUCUAACGGACCGAAGCUCGUGCUGCCCUCAGGCACAGCCGGCGCGGACCUUAGAGGCUCCUCAGACUCGGUCCGCACCGGCGGUGCCACUUGGGCGGCACUGAGGUGUGGAACUGUGCCUAUCUCCGCGGGUUCGCUGAUUCUUCAGGCAUUCAUUUAUUCAUCAACAUACCAUUUAUUGACUGCUAUCUGUGUGACAGGAACGGUUCUAGAUGCUUCAGGUAUAGCGCUGAACAAAAGAGAAACACUCUGCUGUCAUGGUACUUACAUUGUCGUGGUCCAGAUAAUAAAUGAGCUUUGCCUUUUCAAGCCCUGUCUAUUACCAGAAAGAGGAAAUGACUGAAUCCCAGCUGCAGGUGCACUGAAGGGCAGGGUUUGCUCCCUGUACAACCAACUAAGAGACCCUGCUUCAUGUAAGAGACCCUGCUUCAGGAACUGCAUGUGCACUGGUGUGUGCUGUUAUCGGUCCUCCUCCCCAGAGCAGGAAUCCAUUGGGAGUGGCACAUUUCUGUCCAAGGCUACCUGCCAAGGGGAACAGUGACAUUCAAAGAUGUGGCUAUUGACUUCACCCAGGAAGAGUGGCAGCAGUUGGAUCCUGCUCAGAGGAACCUGUACCGGAAUGUGAUGCUAGAAAACUAUAACAACUUAAUCACAGUGGGCUGUCCAUUUACCAAACCUGAUGUGAUUUUCAAGUUGGAGCAAGAAGAGGAGCCUUGGGUGGUGGAGGAAGAAGUGUUAAGGAGACACUAUCCAGGAGAAAUGUGGGGGAUUGAGCAUCAGAAAAUCCAGGACAGACUUUUGACACAAUUUGAAGAUAAAUACACAAAAACACUGACUGAAGAAAAAGUCAAUGAAUGUCAUAAGAAAUUUGCAAAUGCAUUUCCUCUUAAUUUGGACUUUUUUCCUUCCAGUCACAAUCUCUAUGAAUAUGACUUGUUUGGAAAUUGUUUAGAACAUAAUAAUUUUGACUGUCAUCAUAAUAGAAUCCUUAUAAGAAAGGAACAUUCUGAAUUUAAUGAACCUAUGAAAUCAUUUUGCAUUAAUCCAUCCCAUCUUGCAGUAACUCCCUUUAAGUGUAAUCAUUGUGGGAAAGGAUUCAGUCAAACUUUGGACCUCAUCAGACACCUGAGAAUUCAUACUGGAGAGAAACCUUAUGAAUGUAAAAAGUGUAGAAAAGCUUUCAGCCACAAGGAAAAACUCAUUAAACAUCAUAAAAUUCAUAGUAGGGAGCAGUCUUAUGAUUGUAAUGAAUGUGGGAAAGCUUUCAUUAAAAUGUCAAAUCUCAUUAGACAUCAAAGAAUCCAUACUGGGGAGAAACCCUAUGCAUGUAAGGAAUGUGGGAAAUCGUUCAGCCAGAAAUCAAAUCUCAUUGAUCAUGAAAAAAUUCAUACUGGAGAGAAACCAUAUGAAUGUAAUGAGUGUGGGAAAGCAUUCAGCCAGAAGCAAAGCCUCACUGCACAUCAGAAAGUUCAUACUGGGGAGAAACCUUAUGCAUGUAAUGAAUGUGGUAAAGCCUUCCCUCGAAUUGCAUCCCUUGCACUUCAUAUGAGAAGUCACACAGGAGAAAAACCUUACAAAUGUGAUAAAUGUGGAAAAGCCUUCUCUCAGUUUUCUAUGCUUAUUAUACAUGUAAGAAUUCAUACAGGUGAGAAACCCUAUGAAUGUAAUGAAUGUGGAAAAUCCUUCUCUCAAAGUUCAGCCCUUACUGUACAUAUGAGAAGUCAUACUGGUGAAAAACCUUAUGAAUGUAAGGAAUGUAGAAAAGCCUUCAGCCACAAGAAGAACUUCAUUACACACCAGAAGAUUCAUACUAGAGAGAAACCUUAUGAAUGUAAUGAAUGUGGGAAAGCUUUCAUUCAGAUGUCAAAUCUUGUUAGACACCAGAGAAUUCACACUGGAGAAAAACCCUACAUAUGUAAGGAAUGUGGCAAAGCCUUUAGCCAGAAAUCAAAUCUCAUUGCCCAUGAAAAAAUUCAUUCUGGAGAGAAACCCUAUGAAUGUAAUGAAUGUGGUAAAGCCUUCAGUCAAAAACAAAACUUUAUUACACAUCAGAAAGUUCACACUGGAGAGAAGCCUUAUGAUUGUAAUGAAUGUGGUAAAGCCUUUUCUCAAAUUGCAUCUCUUACUCUUCAUCUGAGAAGUCACACCGGAGAAAAGCCUUAUGAAUGUGAUAAAUGUGGGAAAGCCUUCUCUCAGUGUUCACUGCUCAAUUUACAUAUGAGAAGUCAUACUGGUGAGAAGCCCUAUGUAUGUAAUGAAUGUGGAAAAGCUUUCUCUCAAAGAACUUCUCUUAUUGUGCACAUGAGAGGUCAUACAGGUGAGAAACCCUAUGAAUGUAAUAAAUGUGGAAAAGCCUUCUCCCAAAGCUCAUCCCUUACUAUACAUAUACGAGGUCACACAGGUGAGAAACCCUUUGACUGUAGUAAAUGUGGAAAAGCCUUCUCUCAAAUCUCAUCUCUUACACUUCAUAUGAGAAAACAUACAGGUGAAAAGCCUUAUCAUUGUAAUGAGUGUGGUAAGGCUUUUAGCCAAAAGUCACACCUUGUUAGACACCAGAGAAUUCAUACUCAGUAGAAAUAGAAACACUGUGAAUAUUGUGAAGAUGGAAAAGCCUUCAGAAUUAGCAUCUCCUUUCAUUAAAGCCUUUUGAAGAAGUCACACAAUUGUGAAACAUGAGAAUUCUUAUACAACGUGACAAAUUGUGUAACAAAUAAGUUGAACAUCAAAAACCUUGGUAGACCUCUGUUGAUAUUUAUUCAGGAUUCUUAUUAAAAUAUGAAACAAGAUGUCUGCUAAGAGAAUAUCAGCAUUACAGUUGAGCUCCUUUUGUAGCCAGUACGUUAAGCAAGAAAAAGAAGAUUUGGGGGGAAGGAAGAAACUAUAAAAAUAUCACAGGAAAUAGUUAAUUGGAUAAUGUGUUGAUAUAAAAUGUCUAAGGAUAACACAACAGCAUUACAAGACACACAUAUAUAUAAAGUUACAAAAAACAUUUUGAAGAACAUAAAGUAGGACCUGAAAUUCUGAGAAAAAUAACACUGUCUGAAAACACAUUUUCAAAAAUAUAAAUUCACAAAUCUUUAAGGUACUUCCAUUCUAAGUUUUCACUAAAUUUUAAGAAUUUCACAAACUGGUUUAAAAUUUUGUAUGAGAACAUAAAGGACCACAAAUAGCUGAAACAAGUGAAAAACAAGAGAAAACACAGUUUACCAGAUAGCAUCACAUAUUUAAAGCUGGUAUCUAAACAAUGUGUUCUUGCUAAAUAAAUGAAUCAGUGGAAAGAAAACAAGGAUUGAAGAAAGGAGAUAAGGAAAUUUUUUGUAUGGUAUUGCUAUUGAAAAGUCAUUGGAGAAAGAAUGGCCUAUUCAAUAAACAGAAGAUUCAUUUGAACAAAAAAAUGACAGUUGUUUACUUUAUACUAUAUAUACAAAUAAAAUCCAGAUUGAAGACUAGAAUAUAAAAAGCAAAAUUCUAAAACUCUGAUGAAAAUGAAAUAGAUUUAUUACUUUAGAGUAACUGGAUCACUCUAAGAACACAUAAAUAUGAAAUAGUCGUUUCUAUUUUGGUGUAUUGCAGACAGAUAAAGGCACGAAGAUACACAUCUCUAUGUUCAUCGUGGUUUGUAUUACACUAAAUUGGACAUAACAGAUUCUCAUUAGUAGAAGGAUAGAUUAAUACCAUGUAAUUAUUGUUAUGAUAGAAUACAGUAUUUAGAAGGUACAAAUUUUACAUAUAGUACCUAGAUCACAAUAUAAAUAUUGAGAGAAAAAAAAGCAAAAUGUACAAUGAAAAGAUGUAACAUUUGUAUAAGUUUAAUAAAAUAAUGCAAAGAACA